AUGGCUCUAUUAAUCAUUUUAAAUUUGUCCAAAUGGUCGAAUAAAUUGAUUUUGUUGAAUUUAUCGCCGAUUUUUACAGAAUUUGAAAAUGCAGAUACGCUUCUUGUCUCGGAAGUGUUUCUUUUAUUAGACCAUCGGCGAGAACAAACUGAGCACAAGGAAGAGAUCGAUGAAGUGAAUGAAGUUUUUGUUAAAACUUUGAAUUACACGAGGAGAAUGGCGCGCUUCAAAAAUCGGGAAACAAUUCGAGCUGUUCGGACUUUAUUAAAUGGAAAGCAAUUACAUAGAUUUGAAGUAGCACAGAUUGCCAAUCUUUGUCCAGAAGCUGCUGAAGAAGCUAAAGCACUUAUUCCAAGUUUGGAAAAUAAAAUGGAGGAUGAUGAGUUGGAUGAAUUGUUAAAAGAUAUACAAAGCAAGAAGACCUUUCAGUAA